AUGUCCGUUUUGAGGCUUAGCGCGGGCGGGGUGUCCUUCCGGCACCGCUCCUGCGUUGCCGGUCAUGGACCCGGGAUUCGGGUCGUGACAAAGACUUUAUGCAACAUUCUCAAGAAGGUGGUGAAUCGCUCGAAGAAGGACUGGCAUGAGAGAAUUGGGGAGGCGCUAUGGGCUUAUCGUACUACAUUCCGAACACCGACUCAAGCUACUCCAUAUUCCUUGGUAUACGGGGUUGAAGCUGUUCUUCCACUAGAAUGUCAAAUUCCAUCUUUAAGAAUCGCAAUCCAAGAAGGACUUUCCAAUGAAGACAAUGUUCGUCUACGCCUUGAAGAGCUUGAAGGUUUAGAUGAAAAACAUCUUGAGGCACAACAACGAUUAGAAUGUUAUCAAGCGCGACUUUGUAGAGCUUUCAACAAGAAGGUGUGA